AUAACGAAUACGACCUGCUCCAAUGUGUUUUAGUUUUAUAUCGAAUUGUGGUUUUGCGUAGCGCAGUGUCUGCUGUUUAGGAAGUAUUAUAAUCAAAUGUAUUUUCAUACCGGGUUACUUGAUAACUGCACAUUUUAACAGUACACAAUAAUAAUAUACGUUUUUAACUAAUCGUGAAGACUGUGUCCAUGUCUAUAUCUAUGAGUCCCAAGUUGAACAUAAUAUUUUAAAAUUAAAUAUUUAUCGUGCUGGACACUUCUAAUUCUGGGCAAACUAUUUGCGAUACAUUAUCCCGUUACAACGUAUACUGUUGCAGUUGAUGAAUUAAUUUCGACGGGAGUACCUGUCCGGCCGUCUCGAAAAUGAUAAUAUUUCAUUUAAUAUUGUGAGUACCUACUACUUACUUACUUAUAUUAUAUAUUUACGGCGUUUUUUUUCUCUGUAUUUACAGCGGUUUAACAUUUUUAUGAACUUUAUUUUGUGUACAUUUUACCUAUUAUAUAAUAUAAUAUACAUUAUACCUUCAAGUAUUUUAAAAACUGCAUAUAAGAGGAAUUACAAUGCAUAUUACACUAUAACUUACUGAAUAUAACAAUCGUUGACAAUAAAACUUGUCUGGCUAUUCACGUAGAAUUAUAUUGAGCCGAGUACAUUUAGUGUACUAAGUGUUCCACGUAGUGAAUUCUAUUUUCAACACACAUUUAAAUUUAUUCACUGGUCCUGUGCGCGCUAUAAGUCGCGCUGUGUCGUAUACAUUUUCAUACGUCGGACAUACAAUUCCUUUGAUAUUUUUCGGGGGACUGACUUCUGACGUAGUCGAAUACGCUGCGAAUGCCAACGAUCGAGUUGAACAUAUUGCUUACUGUACACCAGUGGUUAAAGUGGGAGGGGGAUAGAGGGGGACGGAGUCCCCUUCUCUUUAAAGUAAAAUAGUCCGUCUUUUUACGUUUAGGUAUUUAAAGUCCAGGGGAAUGCUUUAGUUACCGUUUAUUGAGAUAUUUUCAAUGCAAAUUUAAAAACUUUAAUUGAUUUUAUCAAAAGCAAAUCAUUCUUCAAUAUCUACUUUUAGGAUUGUACAUAAUCUGUAGACUAUGUUUUACAUUAUUUUUAUAGAAUAGGCAUAUUAGAUAAUAUACAUUUUAUUUUUUACGAGGGCGGGACAAUAGUUGUAGUUUAUAUUUAAAUUCUAUUAGCGUAAUAUUUUUAUGAAUAAAUGUGUGUGGGAAAAAAUAUUUUAGAAAUUUUAUGUCAUGAAGAAUUUUUUGAUUGUUUUGUAGGGUUUAGCUAGUUUUCGGAAACGACCAUCAAUGUUUGAUGAAUAUAGUCACUUUUUUACGCUCGAUCUGGCGCACUAAAUUACAAUUUUAAACUAUAACUUGUACAUACACACGCACAUACACACAUACACAUACAUGCACAGGUAUAGAUUCGGCUUUAUAUGAAUAAACUGAUAUAAAAAUCCGUAUUCAAUUAUUCUGUAACAUAAACGACUUAUCUGUAUUUGAUUUUUUUUUUUUUAACUGACUAAAGUACGGUAUAACAUUUCUGCAUUUUCUUUAAUAAUGUUUUGAUCAUGAUCAAAAUAGACUUUACCACCUAAAUAACAGAACUAUUAUAUAAAUUAAUUAAUUUAUUUUACAUAUACUGUUUGAUAAACCUAAAAUAGAACUGAAAAUAUCAAAUGAAUAAUUUUUCAAAUUGCAUGUGAUUAUAGUGUAUUCAAAAAUUACUAUUGUUUUUAUUAUCGUAUGGCAUCAUAAAUAGGUACAUGUAACGAUUUGUAUAAGCCAAUUUUAUUACCGUGUUAAAAUGUUUGACAUGGUAAUAAAAAGUACGAAUUCAACUUCAAAAUCAUAAUACAGUGCCUAAUACAUUCACAUAUAACAUUUAACUAGAUUAUGUGAUCUAUAAACUUAUAUCUAAGUAUAUCAAUUAUUCGUUUAAUAGAAUUUUUGAGGGUUAGCUCUCAUUUUUUUUUUUUUAUAUAUUUAUUACACAAUCGAUAAAUAAAAUGUACAAUAAGCGAAAUGGUGAGAAAUGUAUUAAUAUUAUCGUUGAAAAAGUUUCGAGUGAAGAGGCCACCCAUUGGUGGUACUUCGACUAUCAUAUUUAGCGGCGGAUAGAGCUACCGGUAUACCGGGAUUUUCCCGGUGGGCCGCUACUUAUAUUAACGAAAAUGGGCCGAUGAAAAAUAUUGCUAUUGGAUAUUUUAAAUAAAUUUAAAUUCGUGUUAACACGAAUAUUUAAAGUUAAUAAAAAAAUACAAUAAUAUUUUAUUUUAAACUUAAAUCUAGUCUAAACCACAUACAUGUUUAUUGUAUAGGUACUCAGUUAUCGAACACAGACGUUGUAGUGAAAUUUUGUUUAACUUAUCACAUAAGUCAACAUAUUUCAACAUUCUGUUUUGGGCCUUUCGUUGUCACUUAGCAUAUAUAUAGUAUUACGUAUCAAUCUAUUUGGGUUUAAAUUCUGGAGUUUAGGCAAGAACAUUUUUUAAUAUUAUAAUUUAAAGUUUACACCUAUUUAAAUAACUACAGCUUUUAUUAUUAUUUAUUAAUUUAUAAUUAUUAUUGGAUACCUACAGUCAAAAUUUACAUAUGUACAAAUACUUUAAACUCACGUACAUUUAUCUUCCUCCCUGUAAUUUUAAAAUAAGACAUUUUUCUUGGCCUAAUCGUUAGUAAGUAUUCUAUAAGUAGUGAAUAGGUAGUAGAACAAAAAAUCGUUGUUAUAGUAGAUAAUUGGUUAUUUUUAAAAUUAAAAUAUGCAAAACAACUUUUCUCUGUAAACUCUGUGUUGAAUGAAUCACCUCCAUUUACUUUAAUAAAACUGUAUAUUAUAUACAGUUAUGAAUUGUUGUAUAAACGAAUUAUUUUGACUCUAUUUACAAUUAUAAUGUUAUCAAACCUAUUUUUUUUAUAAUAAUAGUUAUUAAAUUUCAAUAAAUCGGUCUAAAUAUUUUUUUUUAUAAUUAUUAAUUGUAUAAGCAAUUCUUGUGGUUUUAAAUUUAAUGAUGGGUGAGUAUAAUAUCUUUGAUUCAGCAAAUUCUAAAUUAUUGAAAAGUCAUGCAAUUUUAUAAUUAUGCAACCUUAUAGUUUUUUUAGAUUUUUUUAAUACUUUUGAGAUAUUUUAGUGGUUAGUCUUAUUGAUGAUAGUAAACAUUUUUAUCCUCCUAACGGGAUAUCAAUGAUUAGACCGAAAAAACCGAAAACGGCCAAGUCGUUGAGGGGAGUCGUCAUUUUUGUUAUUGUUUAUUCUAUUGUUAUAGAUAUUUAUAGUUUAUUUAGUUAUAAAAAUACAUCAUUAAUAACUCAGUACAGCUGAAAAAUUUAAUUUAUCUAACGAAAAACUGCUGCCGAUUUGGUCGAUCAGGCUCAAUUCGAAUAGAAUCACGUUUAUUCUAUAGGCGUGUACAAUUAUUUAAAUAAAUAAGUCAAUUAAUUAUUACAAUUAUUUUGAAUUAAUACUUCAGUCGGUAAAUUAUAAUAAUUAUAUUAUAAUUUUUUUAUUUAUUUAUUUUUUAGCAUUACUUUAUUUAUAUCAUUUAUGGUGUAAUUUGUAUAUUUAUAUAUUCGUAUCGCUUUUGGUUGAUUUCGAUGUCAUUAUAUUGUAUAGAUACAAUGUAAUUUUAAUAUCAUUUUUCAGAGUUACUACAUCAAGUAAUAAAGCCACUGAUAUUGUUUUUUGAAUAACGUUAAUUAGGUUUUUUUUUUAAAAAAAAAUAAUUUACUGUAAUACUACAGUCAAUAAUUAUUGGGGGGGGGGGGUAAAACUAUUUUUAUUUUUAAAUAAUUUUAUUUAAAAAUUAGUGAGAUUUACUAUUUUUACUAUUGGAAUAUAAUAUUAUAUGAAUCUAUAUAGGCUAUAAUAUACCUAUACAGUACUUAAUAUAUAUUAAUAUUCAGACGUAUAUGCGGGUUUUGACAAUUUUCUAUGCAAUUGCAUAGUAAAUGUUGGAACCUUUCAAUUACACUCUAUUCAGUCUGUAUAUUGUAUUCUAAAAUAAUCGAUAUAACUGUAAUCAGUUUUACGAUACGACUGUGUUAUUUAUUUUUAAAUUAAUUUUUUAAAAAAAAAAACAUGAUCGAUAUAAACAAUUAUUUAUGAUAUUUACAUAAAUUAACUGCAUUAUGAUUAUGACGCGAUUAAUCAAAUAAUUGAUAGUUUAAAAUCUAAUGCUUAUGUUGGAACAAUAAUAUAGAUAAGAAAAAAAUACAGUCAUCACUUUUUUGUUUCUAAUAAAUAUUUUGAUCAAUAAUGAUAUAAUAAUUCUAGAUAUGCUAAUAUUUUUUUAUUCUAAAAAUUCAAUUAUCUACAAAAAUAUAGAUUAACUGUAUACUGUAUAUGGGUGUCAGUGUAGUUUAGAUAUUGUGUAAUAUUGCAAUAAUAAAAUUUAAAAAAAAAAAAAAAAAUCGUAACAUAAGACCUAACCUAUAACGUGAUUAAACUAUAUGGUUCGUACUUGGCAAAGACAAUUAUUGGCAAUUUGGAAUGAUAACCAUGUACGCAAAUCGUUUUUACCGUAUACGAUUAUAAACUAGAAUCAAUAUUUUUUCGAUGACAUCCACCGAUUACAACUACAUUGUCAAUUGUUUGAUUUUUAUUAACUAUAUAAUAUUAUUGACGUCGAUAUUAAUUCAUUACACUUCAACAGACUUACUAUAAUGGUGUUUUUUUUUAAACUCUGUAUUUACUGCAUACGUAUACCUAACUGAAUAGUGAGUAUUUAUUUCUAAUAGUUAUAGUUAUAUCUAUUUUGCAUUUACAAUGUCAGGUACCUAUGUAAGAGUUAAAUAACGAAAACGGUUUUUACUGAUAUUUUAUGCCGCUAAUAAAUAAUAAUACGCGUAAGUACUUCAUUGUUUCAUCAAUAAUCAAUAACUAGAUUAUAUAACGAAAUUCUUUGUCCACAACCAUUAAUAUCUAACGUCGUCUCGUAUAUCACCAAAUUGUGUCUAACCAGGUUUCAAACCUUUCCAUAACACGUUUUAUUUGAUCUUUCAUUCUCAUACUAUGUGGACGUACCAAGAGUAUCUUUCCACUUGGAAUAGAUGCUAGACCGGGCGUACUGGAUAUCCUUCAUUUCUUCAUGUGUGACCAGCCCACUUUAGUUGUCUUUUUUACCUUCCCGAUUAUAUCCGGUACCUGAUACACGUUAUCCGUUUUUCUGUAUUUUCAUACUGACAAGGCUCGAAGGGUCCUCAUGGUAUUUUUCUUUUGAUAAUGACCGUUUAUUUUGUUUGGAUUUGCGUAAUGUCCAGGUUUCACAUCCAUAUAUUAUCACCGGUCGAAUAAGUGUACGGUACAAUUGAAUCUUCAGAUUCUUUUGUUAAUUUAUAUCAUUUCCGGUCUUAGAAAUUUAAUCAAUUUGAAAAAGCACCUAUUUUCUGUUUGUAACCACUUAUUUAUCUCAGUUAGUUCUUCAUAAUAUAAUGUUAACUAACCAAAUAGUGUAAUAUAUUAAUAAUAAUUAAGGAUUCCCGUAUGUGAAAAUUCAGGAGCGCAGUCUUAAUUUUUAUUAACAAUCGAAAACUUUUAUUAAUGUGUUAUGUGUAUUUUCAAAAAAAUUUAAAAAUAUUAUAAUAUUAAAUUUUACAUUUAUAGUAACUAAUUGAAAAUAAAUUAUAAUAUUUUUCAAUUUUUCCCAAAUUCAACAAUAACUUUCUCUGCUACAUUAAGUUUUUCGAUUUUUUUUCUAUGUCAUCUUAACAUACAUAAUCCAGAUAAACGAUUCUCAUACAUCAGAUAACCGCAAGCGAGCUAUCCAUGAAAAAUAUUAACGAAUCAUAACUAACUAACUUCAAAUCAUAGUGCAUAAAUUAUUAUACAUUGUGAUAAUAAAUUAGUGGAAUUCUAAUGCUAUGAAGUAUGGUUUACCGACUAGGUACCAAUCAAGAUGUAUAAAUAAAGUAUUGAUAAAUAUCAAUACACCUUGGUACCAAUAAUGAAUUUUGGGAUUUUGAGAUAUUAAAUUUGUACAUAAUUAUUUUAACUUGGUGGUAAGCUAGGGGGGAGUUGUCCUUCCCUGUCCCCCUUGUAAGCGUCUUUAAUAAUAAUUUAUAAUAAUGUAAUAUAAUUGCGAUGAUUGUUGACUGAUGGCGACUAUUACAAAUACAAACACUUUGGAAUAAAUUAAAAUGUACGAAGUUUUUCUGUACGUUACCUAUGUAUACUAUAUAUUACCUAAAUAUUAUAAUUUAAUUAAAACACCCUAUAUUAAAAAUAAAUUGAUUGAUGUUCAUAAAAAAAAAAAAAUUUUUUUUAAAAUUAAAUAUUUUAUAGGUUUUGUUUAUUAUUACUCCUUUGUUAAUAAAACGUCAUCCUAAAAUAAUACACUCCUAAUAAAAUGAGAUUGUAUCAAAAAACUUUUUAUGUUUUUAAUGAAAAAUAAAUUACAAGCUUGUGGGGUUUGUCUAAAUAUCUGAUUAUUCCUAAUAAAUAAUAUUUGCUGAUGCUGUAGGUAGAAGGUUUCAUCAUUAAAGUAAAUAACGCAUUGUCAUAAAUGAUUUUGGAAGAAAAAGUCGGAAAUAACAAGUAAUUGAAAUAUAUUUGACCUAUUGAAAAAACUCGCGCUACGCACUAUGUAUAGGUUAGUUGACAAAAUAUUAAAACUAUUCAACCAAACGCUUAACUAUUAUUUUUAACUCUUUUGAUAUACAGACUGAUAACAGAUUCUGAUAAAGUAGAACAACGGCCACAACAUCCAAGAGCUAAUGCCAACAUUUUCGAAAUUUUCACAUUUAGGUAAGUUGAUUACAAUUAUUUGAUAUAAUUUAGCAUUCAGCCAAUGUAUUUUAAAUAAACGAUUAUCUAAAAAUUUAUUUUUUAUACAUGGUGUAUAAUUUAAAGCUGGAUGUUAAACCUUUUCAAAACGGGACGAAGAAAAGGUUUUAAGGAAAACGAUUUGUACACAACAUUGAGCGAGCACACUUCAUCAUCAUUAGGCAAUGAAUUAGAAAAGUAUAAGCCUAUUAACUGUAUUCAAUUUGAAUAUUUUAUCUACUAAAAUAUUUUCCGUUUAAGGAGAUGGAAAGUCGAGUUGGUUAAUGCAAAAACGGCCAACCGAAAGCCAAGUUUGUUAAAGGUUUUGAUUAACAUGUUCGGCUCUACGUUAUUGUUUUACGGUUCGAUACAAACGGUUGUCGAAAUGAUAUUGAGGUAAAAACUGUCUACCCAUUUAUAAGAUUAAAUUUUUGGAUUUCAAAUACCUAUACAAUGUGCAUAAAACCUGUAUAAAAAAUGUACGGGUAUUUAUAAGAUAAAACGGAAAAAAUGAUUAUCUUUUUUGUGUGUAGAAUUUCUCGACCUCUACUUAUUGGUGGACUGUUAUCGUAUUUCACCCCUGUCGAGUCCAAUCAAAUCGACAAAUCAGAAGCGUUCAUUUAUGCGUUCGGGUUACUGUUAAAUAUGUUGUCUUUUCUUUUAAUGCAUCGGUACGUACAAAUGGAAAUGGAACACAGCGGAAUGAAAAUACGAGUAGCUUGCUGUUCAGCAAUUUAUAGAAAAGUACCUAUCUGUAUUAAUUAUUUUUCAAAAUGUAUACCGAUACCAACAAAUGUAUACAAAUAAUAUUUAUAAUUUCCAAUAGUUUAUGAUUUUGUAUUUAUUGGACUGAGUAAAAAAUUAAAUAAACAAAAAUAAAAAUUGAACAAUAUUAGUACAAUUUUGUUUUAGGCCUUACGGUUAAGUAAAUUAUCACUAGAAGAAACUACGGUCGGCCAAAUGAUAAAUUUGCUGUCAAACGAUGUGAAUCGAUUCGACAUGGCGUUUAAAUUUUUAAAUUUCUUGUGGAUCGGGCCUUUGGGAGCAAUUGUGAUCACAUAUUUUAUGUGGCAAGAAAUCGGCAUAUCGUCAUUAUUUGGAGUGUUUACUGUGCUUAUGAUUAUUCCACUACAAGGUUUAAAUGAUAACCGUUAAUGUGAAAUACGAUAUAGUAAUUAAAUAAUGUAGGUAUCUAUAGUAAAUUAAUAUAAACGUUUACAUUCAGUAUGGCUGGGAAAGAAAACGUCCGAAUUUCGAUUAAAAACAGCCCCGAAGACGGACGAGAGAGUAAAAUUGAUGAACGAAAUUAUAGUUGGUAUACAAGUCAUUAAAAUGUAUACUUGGGAAAAGAUGUUUGCGUUUCUCGUACAAUAUUUCAGAAAGUAGGUGUACUUUUAUAAUAUUACCUAGGCACUUACUAGAUAUUUUAAAACUAUUAAUACAUUUGAAUCGUUCAAGAAUGGAAAUUCGAGAGAUUAGAGGCGCUUCGUACAUUAGAUAUAUUCUGCAAUCAUUCAAAAUAUUUCACACAAGAUUCGCGUUAUUUAUAAGUAUUCUGGUGUACAUAAUUCUAGGAAACAACAUUAAUACACAAAAAGUAAAGCCAUAUCAUUGUAUGAUAUUAUUGUCAAAAUUGAAGUCCGUCACUGAAUGCAUUAGAUACGUAAUUUUUUAGGUAUUCAUUAUUAUUUCAUACUACAAUAUAUUAAUGACAACCAUGACGGGCCUUUUUCCUGAGAGUGUUGGAUCAACCGCCGAAAUGCUAAUAUCGGUUCAACGUAUUCAGGUACAAAACAUAAUUAUAAAUUAUAUAAUAAGAAAAUUUUCUUUUUCUCUUGAUUGACUUUGUUCUCUAAGACCAUACCGCUAAAUACGAAAUCUACAUAUUCCACAUUUUAUUCCUGUUCUCUGCUGCUUCUUCCCAUUGAAUUUUCGAUUUUACCAUACUAGAUGCCUGAAAGUCCUUCUUAAAUCUGAACACAAUCUUCCCGCCUUUACUUUGGUCUCCCAGAAGGUCUUUCCACUCCAGGGUCUUUCUUAAUCACCUGCUUAGCCAAUAAGAAAACCUAACACAAUUAAAUACGUGUCGUAUUUAAAUGCGUCGUAUUAAAUGUCUUAUUAAACUACAAUAAAAAAUAAUACAUUUUUGUAUUCCAUCAAGGCAUUUUUAUUAUACGACGAACAAUACCACCAGUCGACAUUGUCCAUAAAAUCGGAAAACGAAUCGAAUAAUGAUGUAAAAAAUGGUGAAAAAGAUAAAACAAAAAACGGAGAAAAAUAUAUCAAACAACCGUGUAUUAAUUUUGGUAUAAAUGUUUCGAACGCUUCUGCUAAAUGGCUACCCAAUCAAACAGAAAACUCGAUAAAUAAUAUUAAUUUAACUGUUGUACCAAGUCAAUUGGUCGCGAUUAUUGGACCCGUAGGAGCCGGAAAAGUAUGUAAAACAAAUUAUUUCAAUAUUUUUAUAUUUAUUCGUAUACUAUUUGUUUAUUUGUAUGUAUUUGUAUGCUACAGAGUUCAUUAAUACAAGCGAUUUUACGAGAAUUGCCCUUAUCUAAGGGAAGCAUUUCCAUUUAUGGUGUAAUUUCAUACGCGUCACAAGAACCGUGGCUAUUUAACGGUUCAAUUAAACAGAAUAUUAUAUUCAGUUCAUCGUUGGACAAAGAACGUUAUUUACAAGUACAAAUUCAAAAAAUUAACCCACAUAGGAUUUGUUUUAACUAAAUAAUAGCUAACAGAACUUAUGUAUAAUUUAUUUAAUAUAAGGAAUAUGUAAAAUAAUAAAAUUUAAAACCCAAAAUCCACAAAACCAUAAUGUUCAUAACAUUUUUAUAACAUGUUAUAAUCAACAAAAUUUUAAAUUUUAAAUUUUGCAUUCAUUCAAACUCUGAUUCAAACCCUGUGGUGAUACUAACUUUGGUUUUUCAAAUGAGAACCUAUAUUAAAAAUUCAAUAAAUAGACGGAGUAUUACUUUAAAUAAAUGUUGAUGUUAAAAUGGUUGAUUUCUAUCAACCCGUUAACGUGAUAUUCAGUAAUAAUAAAACGUCACGUGCCGUGUAGCCACAAAAAUUAUAUUCCACUACUCUCUCCUUACCUAAAUCUAAAAGUGGAAUAUUUCAUUACUGGAUUGAUGGAAAUCAAGAAUUUUGACACCAAAAUAUAUUUAAAAUAAUACUCUGUCUAUUUGUGGAUUUGGGUUUUCAUUUGAAAAACCAAAGUUGGUAUCACCAUAAAAUAUUCCUUAAAUGUUGUGAAAAAUCUAAGUAUUUGAAAAUAUCAGCUUUAACUACACUUAAAAAUUCCAAAAAUCAGAAUUUGAAUAUAUGCAAAGUUUAACCAAAAAAAUGGAAUGAGCACGUUUAGUGUAUCACCCUGUAUAUUGUAUAAUAGAAAAAGCAUCAAAGAUAGAUAGGCGAAUCUAGCCUAUUAUUGUUAUCAAAUAUUUGAAAUGAAAAAAUUAUCAACUUAGGUUAUAAAAGUAUGUGCAUUAGAAUCCGAUCUAUUGAAACUUCCGUACGGCGAUAGAACGAUCGUAGGAGAAAGAGGAGUUUCUUUGAGUGGCGGACAGAGAGCGAGAAUUAAUUUGGCUAGGCAAGUAAAAAAUAAGCUGUGCAUUACAAUUUUAGUUUUUUUAAAUGUUUUAUUUUAUUUUAUAGAGCUGUGUAUAAAAAAGCUGAUAUUUAUAUACUGGAUGAUCCUCUUACUGCUGUCGAUGCGUGUGUUGGAAAACAUUUAUUUAAUAAAUGCAUAAAUGGUAAAGAACUAAUGGUAUUAUAAUGUAGUUUAUAUAUUAUUUUAGCAAUUAAAAAAAAUGUAUAUUUCCCUUAUAAAGGUUAUCUUAAAGAGAAAAUAUGUAUUCUUGUUACGCACCAAAUUCAGUACUUAAAAAGAGUAGAAAAAAUAGUGUUAAUGGAAAAUGUUAGUAUACUGGUUUACAGGGUAAUUAACACAUUUUAAUGUAGUAUCGUAUUAUUUAGCAAUUUUCUUUUUUAGGCGAGCAUAGUCUCCGAAGGUUCGUAUCAGGAACUCCAGUCGGGUAAUUUAGAUUUUUUUAAAUCAUUAGAAUCCACGGAAAAGUCGAAAAUAACAUAUGAAGACCAAGAUGUCUUCGAUAAAGAUGAAGUCACUUUGAAUCCUCUCCCUGUAUUUUCUCGAUCAAAUUCUCAUCAUAGUAUUUCUACUUCUAUGGGAGAAAAUAAGUUAAGCCAGAUUCAAUCAGAACCGGUCGAAGUAAUCGAAACUCGUUGUUCUGGAAAUGUUUCGCCUAGAGUUUAUUUGUCGUACAUCUUUGCCGGUGGAAGUGUUUUUAAAAUAUUAUUUUUGUUAUUCAUAUGCAUUUUCACUCAAAUGUUAAGCACCGGUGGUGAUUAUUGGAUAAGUUAUUGGUACAUUAUAUUAUAAUAUCAAAGUAAAAAAUAUAUUUUUAGUAAGUAUACUAUAAUUUCAGGGUUAAUUUAGAAGAUCAUGUUUUCCGUAAUACAGGAUACAUAUCUACAACUUUUAGCGGACCGAUAAAUAAUGAAUCAUUAUCUGAUAGUUUACUGUGGUGGUCAGUUUCACGUAAAUUGUGCAUUGAAGUUUAUGUUUCAAUAAACAUUAUGGUUCUAGUAGUUAUUCUAAUUAGAUGUAUUGUAUUUGUAUCAUUCUUCACGAAAAGUUCUAUGAAUUUACACAAUUCUAUGUUUGACUCCAUAACCAGGGCGUCAAUGUUGUUUUUUAGUUCGAAUUCGUCUGGUAAUGUAUUUUUAUUAUGUUUUGUUGACUUUAAAUAAAUUAUGUUCAACCAUAUAUUUUUAAUUAAAUGUUUAAUCAGGACGAAUUCUUAAUCGCUUUACCAAAGACAUUGGUGCUAUCGACGAAAGAUUACCAACGCCCUUGAUUAAUUUUAUAAAUGUAAUGUGUAAUAUGAUACAAUUUAUACCUAUACUUUAUAAUAAUAUAACUAUUUACAUUUUUAUAACUAAAAUCAGUUGUGUAAUUUUUAAACUAGAUUGGAUUGUCGCUUAUUGGAACUUUGGUCGUCGUUGGAAUAAUCAACGUUUACCUUCUGAUACCCACAUUUUUUAUAGGCAUAUUCUGUGCAUAUAUUGCAAUGUAUUAUUUGUCGACAUCGCGUAGUCUCAAACGGUUGGAAGGAGUCUGUAAGCACUAAGUAUACAAAUGUAUUUCCACGUGUUUUAAAUAUUUUUCAAUUAUUACAUACUGUAUUUAUAAUAAUUAUUAUUAUUAUUGUUUAAAUAAAUAUUUCAAUAGCUCGAAGUCCGGUUUUUACACAUUUUAAUGAAACUCUCAAAGGUUUAAUCACCAUUCGAGCGUUUAAAGCAGAAAUCGUUUUGUCAAAAGAAUUUGAUGAACACCAAGUAAAAAGAAAUAAUGGCAUUGAGUUUUUUUUUUAAAACCAUUAAUAUUAUUUAUUAACAUAUUUUAUUUUUCUAGGAUUUACAUUCUUCAGCUUGGUAUUUAUACAUUGCAUCAAACAAUGCGUUUGGUUUUGUAUUUGAUUUUAUCCUACUUAUUUAUUUAAGUAUUUUGAUGUUCAGUUUCUUGAAUAUCGACAGCGGUAAUAUUAUAACAAUAAAAUAAAUUACAAACAGUUUUUUUGAAUUUUGAGUUUUGUUUCUUAAAUUUCAGAUACGUUUGGUGGAAAUGUCGGAUUGGUUAUAACCCAAGCACUUAAUUUGAUGGGCAAUAUCCAAUAUGGAAUACGACAAUCAGCCGAAUUGGAAAAUCAAAUGACAUCUGUUGAGAGAGUACUUGAAUACACAAAUGUGCCACAGGAAGCACCCCUCGAAUCUUCUUUGGGUGAUAUAUUAACUAUUAAAAACAUGUUUGAAAUGUUAUUUUAUAAUGUUGUGAUAAUUGUUUAUUUUCAGAUAAGAAACCGCCAAAAGAAUGGCCUAGUAGAGGGCAAAUUGUGUUUCAAAAUCUUUGUUUGCGUUAUAGUUUAGAUUCACCGUAUAUUUUAAAAAAUAUUAGUAUUAAAAUUCAACCAAUGGAAAAAGUAACUAGAGUUUUUCAAAAAUUUAUUCCGAUUGUUAAUAAUAAUUUUAUACAUGUUACGUUAAUUAUUAUUUUUUUUUUAUAUAGAUUGGUAUUGUUGGUAGGACAGGGGCAGGGAAAUCUUCAUUGAUUCAUGCAUUGUUUAGAUUGGCUCUAAACGAUGGUUCCAUUAUUAUCGACGGUAUAGAAAUUCAUCAAUUGGGAUUACACGAUCUGCGGUCAAAACUGUCAAUAAUUCCUCAAGAUUCAGUUUUAUUUUCGGGGACUAUUCGAAAAAAUCUAGACCCUUUUAAUGAGUACUCCGAUCAUGUUCUCUGGAACAUAUUGGAAGAAGUAAAAUUUCUUGUCAUACAUUUUUUUUUUUUUUUUAAUUUAAAUGUUUUAUAAAAUACUGAAUACUGCAAUUGUUAUUAACACGUUAUAUUUAAUAUUCAUAUCAGGUACAACUAAAAGACAUUGUAGAGGACUUACCUGUAGGUCUAAAUGCAAAAAUAUCUGAAGGAGGUUCUAAUUUUAGUGUCGGCCAGAAACAGUUAUUGUGUUUAGCCAGAUCUAUAUUACGAAAUAAAAAAAUCCUUAUAUUAGACGAAGCUACGGCUAAUGUCGAUCCAAAGUAAUACAUUGUUCCCAUAUGAUAUUAUAUUUUUAAUACUUGUACUAAAAAUACAACGUGAACUUUCGUGUUUCUACAGGACUGAUAGUUUGAUUCAAAAUAUUAUUAAAAAAAAAUUCCAAUCAUGUACGAUAUUAAGAAUAGCUCAUCGGUUAAAUACGAUUAUGGAUUCAGACAAGGUGCUCGUCAUGGAUGCCGGUAAAGUAGUUGAAUUCGGUCACCCGAAUAAUUUGUUGGCGAAUAAAGACGGAUUUUUCUACAAAAUGAUCGACCAAACAUACUCGAAAGAAAAAGUUAAUAAUUUUAUUUUUCAAUUAUUUUAUUAUCUCGAAAAUGUAUUAUUAUUGUAAUUGUUCGUUUAUUAAUAUUUAUAUACAGGACACUAGUUAAACAAUUCAUUUCAGAUCGGACUGGAACUGAGCCAAAAAUGAGAUCGGUUUGAAAUCUUAUGGCUAUAAAACUUAUACACAUUUUUUUUGAAAUAAACACGAAGCAUUACAAUUUUUAUGAUUAAAUUAUGAAGAAUUUGAUUUAAAGUUAUAUUGUAAAAUUAUUUUACACAAAGCGAAAAAAUAGAACAUUAUAGUAACGGAUAAUAAUAUAUUUUCAAUCUAUUUUAGAU